GGGAGACGGCCGCGUCCGGCGCUAGCGGCUCCCGAGCCGUCCGCCUCCCCGGCUGCGACGCGCGGUCCGCGGACACCAUGGCCGGCGAGGUCGAGGAUCUGAGCAGCCGGGAGGCGCAGACAGUCUGCGAGGCCCUGGGGCGCUACGAGGACACGCUGCGGGGUGCUGUUCGGGAGAUCCAGGUGGACAUGCAGGUGUUCAAGCAAGGCGUAGGCCGGCAGGUGGAGGAGGUCCUGCGCCUCGCCAGCCCUCUGGCACACACCGUCUCGGAGCUGCAGCUGGAGAACCGUCGCCUGCGGGCACAGCUGGAGCGGUUGUCUCGGCAGGUGGAGGCCCUCGGCCGGUCGGCCGGGCUGCCACAGGAGUGGGCAGACGAGGCGGCAGGGAGCCCCUCAGCCGUGCGGCCCGGCUCGCCGGGGCAGAGUUCGGCCGGCGGCAAGUAUUCUAGCCUUGCCAAGCUAUCGGUUACUGGCCGGAGCCAGAGUGUAGACCUCGAUGACCACCACAAACCUGAAUUCAGAAGAGUUUGUAGUUCUUCCAUCAUUGAAAAUGGGCAUCAGUCUUCAACAGGUCAGGCCAAAGUCUCCCAUGAACUGACCUCUUUUCACGCAUCAGAGUCUUCCACUGAAGCCCAUGCCCCUGCAGUCGCCUUACAGAUGCCGCACUUUCCCGUUACUGCAGUAACCAGGAUAUCAGAGAAGUUUACAGGAGAGACUAUCUGUUCAACAGGAAAUACUAAUGUGUCUUCUGGCCUGCUGGAACUAAGCAAGAGUAAAAAUGCAAUGGCCGUAAAAACUUCCAACCAGUCAGUGAAUACCUGGAAUUCAAGUAAGGUGAGAACGAGUUUGUGUGCCACUGGAGAGAAUGCCACUUCUGUCACUAAGUCUGUCUCAACUGUGAGCUACAGGACAAGUAGCGGAACCAAAAUCAAUGAAAGUGCCACUGACAGUUACUGUGAUGCAACUCCGGGCUCUCACUCCUCUCCUCCCACUGUACCUCGUCAAGCUGAAAAGAGGCGAGAAUUGGUGCGAUCUCAGACGCUCCCACGCAUCACAGGAACACAGGCCAGGAAAGCACUCUUUGAGAAAUUUGAACACGAUGGUGGAAAAGGAAAAGGUGAAUCCAGAGCUAAGCUGAAGAGGUCGCAGAGUUUCGGGGUUGCCAGCGCUAGCAGCAUUAAACAAAUUCUGUUAGACUGGUGUCGCUCAAAAACCGUAGGAUACAAGCACAUUGAUCUCCAGAACUUCUCCUCAAGCUGGAAUGAUGGGAUGGCAUUCUGUGCUCUUGUGCAUUCUUUCUUUCCUGAAGCUUUUGAUUAUAGUAAGCUUGACCCAGCAAAUCGCAAGCAGAACUUUGAGCUGGCCUUCACCACAGCCGAGUUGCAAAGAAUUUGCUGAUACAAAUGAUAUAAAAAAGAAAUUUCACUUCAUAGACCCCAAGGCAUCCAGUGUUUACUGGCAGACCAUGGAAACCGGACCUGUGACUUUUAGUUUCUUAGCCAAUCCCACCUGCUUGAUACUUGAUUUGAAUUUGAGGCAUAUUAAUAUAUCCACCUAGCCUCUCUAGAGAGAAAAAAAAAGUGACCCUUGAAUGGCAGGGAGCGAGUCAAUUACCUCCAAUCGAAGCAGCAAAUGAAUCUUUGAAGCAGUUACAGACUUAGAUUUAGCUCUUGAUUUGUCGCGUCUGGUUUAUUAUUA